GCGCAUGCGCGGCGAGGGGGCGGAACCGGGGCGGGGCUGUGCGCUGUGUUCUGAGUGAAGGCGGCGGCAGGGUUCGGGCUGCGCGGGGACAGCGGGUUCGGGUCUGCUGGGGUGGACGCCACCGGCCGGAGCAAGGCGGCCAGAACCGAAGUCCCGGCCAGUCUUCAGGACCCGGCAGAGACCGUCAGGGCCAAGGCGAGGGCUCGCGUCCCAGAGGACGGAGGCUGGGGCUGAGCGAGUGCCCGGGUCGGGGCACGCCAGAUGAUGGAUUUGGAUGUCCUUCUAUGAAGCAAUGCCACGUGGUCCAAAAGCAAACAUGUCUGGGCUGCUGCCGUCUUAGGAAUCCAGGGCCUGGAGACAGCUCUUCCUUAAGGAAUCAGGAGAGGUGUGACCCAGGAACAAGAAGCAUAUCCUCACCAAUGACAUCAUGACAGCAAGAGAGCACAGCCCUCGCCAUGGUGCCAGGGCCCGUGCGAUGCAGCGGGCUUCCACCAUCGACGUGGCAGCCGACAUGGUGGGCCUCUCUCUGGCAGGAAAUAUCCAAGACCCAGACGAGCCCAUUUUAGAAUUCAGCUUAGCUUGCAGUGAGCUGCACACUCCAUCGCUAGAUCGGAAACCAAAUAGUUUUGUGGCUGUGAGUGUCACCACCCCUCCGCAGGCGUUCUGGACGAAGCAUGCGCAGACGGAGAUCAUCGAGGGAACCAACAAUCCUAUCUUCCUGAGCAGCAUCGCCUUCUUUCAAGACUCCCUCAUCAACCAGAUGACACAAAUCAAGCUGUCUGUGUACGAUGUCAAAGAUAGAUCUCAGGGAACAAUGUAUUUAUUGGGCUCUGGAACAUUCGUUGUCAAAGAUCUGCUCCAAGACAGGCAUCACAGAUUGCAUCUGACACUGAGGUCUGCAGAGAGUGACCGAGUAGGUAACAUAACUGUGAUCGGCUGGCAAAUGGAGGAGAAGUCUGACCAGCGGCCCCCUGUGACCCGGUCUUUGGACACUGUCAACGGGAGGAUGGUUCUGCCUGUUGACGAGAGCUUAACUGAGGCAUUGGGAAUCCGAUCCAAAUAUGCUUCUUUGCGAAAGGACACCUUGCUGAAAUCAGUGUUCGGUGGCGCCAUCUGCCGCAUGUACCGGUUCCCAACCACUGAUGGCAACCACCUACGGAUCCUGGAGCAGAUGGCAGAGAGUGUCCUCUCCCUGCACGUGCCUCGGCAGUUUGUGAAGCUGCUGCUGGAAGAAGAUGCGGCCAGAGUAUGUGAGCUGGAAGAGUUGGGGGAGCUGUCUCCUUGCUGGGAGAGUCUCCGGAGGCAGAUUGUCACCCAGUAUCAGACCAUCAUCCUCACCUACCAGGAAAACCUGACUGACCUCCAUCAGUACAAAGGUCCUUCAUUUAAAGCAAGCAGUUUGAAAGCAGAUAAAAAGUUAGAAUUUGUUCCCACAAACCUGCACAUACAAAGGAUGAGAGUUCAAGACGAUGGAGGCUCAGAUCAGAACUACGAUGUGGUCACUAUCGGAGCCCCAGCAGCACACUGCCAAGGUUUUAAGUCAGGAGGUCUUCGAAAAAAGCUGCACAAGUUUGAAGAGACCAAGAAACACAGUUUUGAGGAGUGUUGUACAUCAUCUAGCUGCCAGUCCAUAAUCUACAUACCACAGGACAUCAUCCGAGCCAAGGAGAUCAUUGCCCAGAUCAACACCCUGAAAACCCAAGUUAGCUACUACGCAGAACGGCUCUCAAGGGCAGCCAAGGACAGGUCUGCCACUGGCCUUGAGAGGACACUCGCCAUCUUGGCAGACAAGACCCGGCAGUUGGUCACUGUCUGUGACUGUAAGCUGCUGGCCAACUCCAUCCAUGGGCUGAAUGCUGCACGGCCUGACUACAUCGCUUCCAAGGCCUCCCCUACCUCGACUGAGGAGGAGCAGGUGAUGCUUCGGAAUGACCAGGACACCCUCAUGGCCAGGUGGGCAGGGAGGAGCAGCCGGUCUUCCCUGCAGGUGGACUGGCAUGAGGAGGAGUGGGAGAAAGUGUGGCUGAAUGUGGACAAGAGCCUGGAGUGCAUCAUCCAGCGGGUAGACAAGCUGCUGCAGAAGGAGCGCCUGCAUGAGGAGGGCUGUGAGGACGUUUUCCCCUGUUCAAGCACCUGCUCCAGCAAGAAAGAUUGCAGCCCCCCUCCUGAAGAGUCCAGUCCAGGUGAAUGGAGCGAGGCCCUUUACCCUCUGCUGACCACCCUCACAGACUGUGUGGCCAUGAUGAGCGACAAAGCCAAGAAGGCCAUGGUCUUCCUGCUCAUGCAGGACAGUGCCCCCACCAUUGCCUCAUACCUGAGCCUGCAGUACCGCCGUGACGUCGUCUUCUGCCAAACCCUGACGGCCCUCAUCUGCGGCUUCAUCAUCAAGCUGAGGAACUGCCUGCAUGAUGACGGCUUCCUGCGGCAGCUCUAUACCAUCGGGCUUCUGGCCCAGUUUGAGAGCCUGCUGAGCACCUAUGGAGAGGAGCUGGCCAUGUUGGAGGACAUGAGCCUUGGAAUCAUGGACUUGAGGAACGUGACCUUUAAAGUCACCCAGGCUACUUCGAAUACAUCAACUGACAUGCUGCCAGUCAUCACAGGAAACCGUGAUGGCUUUAAUGUGCGGAUCCCUCUGCCAGGACCACUGUUCGACUCCCUGCCCCGAGAGAUCCAGAGCGGCAUGCUGCUGCGGGUACAGCCAGUCCUCUUCAACGUGGGCAUCAAUGAGCAGCAGACGCUGGCUGAGAGGUUUGGAGACACAUCCUUACAAGAAGUCAUCAACAUAGAGAGCUUGGUGCGGUUGAAUUCCUACUUUGAGCAGUUUAAGGAGGUUUUGCCGGAGGACUGUCUACCUCGAUCUCGGAGUCAGACCUGCCUGCCGGAGCUGCUGCGGUUCCUAGGACAGAACGUCCAUGCACGCAAGAAUAAGAAUGUGGACAUCCUCUGGCAAGCUGCUGAGGUCUGCCGCCGCCUUAAUGGGGUUCGAUUCACCAGCUGCAAGAGUGCCAAGGACCGCACAGCCAUGUCAGUGACGUUGGAGCAGUGCCUGAUCCUGCAGCAUGAACACGGCAUGGCCCCGCAGGUCUUCACACAAGCCCUGGAGUGCAUGCGCAGCCUUUUGAAGAAAUCAGCAAGAAAAAGAUGCUUUAUCCGUUUAUCUAGAUACCCCUGCUUGAUAGGACUGGACUUCCUGCUUUCCUUUCAAAGCGUAGUCCUGGGAUUGCAAUAGCAAACAGAUCGUAGAGUCACACUUCCCUGCUUCCAGCUGUCUCCACGUGGUGACGACACAGCUGUGGAUCCAGGAGCACAAGCCACUGAGUCCAGCACACAAAGAUUACAUGCUGCAUGUGACUUCAGGGUUACUCUUAACACACGUAGUAGUAGCAAGAGUUAUAUACUUUUUCUUGAAAUAACUUUUUUUUAAUUUAAAAAUUGUAUGUUUUAUUCCAGAUGAAGUCUAGAUAUCUUUUUUCUUUUACUAAUACAAAAGGUUAUAUAUAAUGAACAAAAAAUCAGAGAAAAACGAUUUUAAAAAGAGGCUUAAGUUUUAGCAGUUGAGAGAGAGAGAGAGAGAGAGAGAGAGA